CGGCGAGCGCUCAGGUCAUUUCCGCAUGAGUGAGUUUGGGAGGAGAGUGGUCAAAGUUCUUGGUGCAAAGUCAACAAACGGCUGUCGUCUGAAGAUGAAGAACCCCGUCAGCACCUGCUCCUACCAGCGACUUUAUCAAAAUGUGAAGAAAUAUUCCAAAAAUGGGGAGUUCUUCUGCAAGGAGCUGCUGGCAGUGUUCCAGCAGAGGGCCGAGCUGGAGCUCACAUACGCCAAAGGCCUCCAAAAACUCGCUGGCAGGCUCAUCAAUGCCUCGAAAGGAAUGUCCAACAAUUCCACCUACAGCGCCUGGUGUCAGGUGUCGGAUGAGAUGUACUCCAGAGCGGACGCCCACAGGUCAUUAGGAAAUGCAUUUCAGCAAGAAGCCAUUCUGGAAAUACGACAAGUCCUCGACGAGCACAGUAAAAGGAAGAGACCGCUUGACAGCGCCGUUGAAAGAACCGGAAAACUUGUUACUGCAAACUGGAAUGAACAACUCAAGAUCAAAAAGAAAUUAGUGGGUCUGACCAGGGAACAUGAGGCACUGUUCAACUUCGUCGAGAGCAACAAACAGAUGUGCACGGAGAAAGAAAAACAAAAGAUGCUGAACAGGCUGAGUAAGUCAGCAGAGAUGCAGACACGGGUGGACGAGGAGUACUUUAACAUCAACCUGGAGGGUCAUCAGAUCAGGCUCAAGUGGGAAAACACACUGAAACACUGCUACCAGGUCUUACAGGAGAUGGAGAAGCAACGAAUCGAAGUCCUGUUCAACAGUAUGAGCAGGUACAGCCUCUACAUGUCUGGCUUUGGACAGACCCUCAAACACGGCCAGAGUCAGAUCCAGCAAGCAGCCCAGAGGGUGGACAUGGACAAAGACAUUCAGACCCUGGUGGAGGUGAACAGCAUCACGGCUGCAGACAACAAAUCGGAGUUCUUGAUGGCAGAUUAUUUUGAGGAGGACAGCAAAUCAUUCAUGGGCAAAGACAGAAGAAGAGAGGCCAUCAAGCUGAAGCUGCAGCGUCUGGAGGACAGCAUCACCAAAACAAGGAAAGAUCGCGAAGGAUUACAAAAAUUGGCGAAGAUGUACUCUGAAAAUCCUUCUUUUUCAAACCAAAACAACCUGGAGGACACUGAACAGCAGCUCGACGAGAACGCUCUAAAGCUGGACCUGCUGGAGGCGACGCACUACAAGCUGUCCGUGGCGCUGUCCGAGUUAGAAGGGAAGCCGCGCUCUUUCCGCCGGUUCAGAGGCAGCAUUUCCAGAUGGAAAGACAAGGAUUGUGUGCACAGUGUUGUUCAGCUGAGUCGCCCGGUCAAGCUCAGGAGGGCGCCGCUCCGAUCCCGACACUCGCUGAGAGCGUCCAUCAUAUACAAAGGCCCGUCCCCAUUUGGAAGCCAGCUGCCUGCGGAGCGUCCACUCAGUGCCUUUGGACAGAUCACAUCCACCGCUGAAGUCGCAGAGUGUGACGGCACAGUCGAUGGAACCGACGCCGGCAGAGGACAACAAGUUCAAACAACAGCAGAGAGGAACAGUAUAGGACAAUGCAAGGCUCUGUACAGCUUCACACCUGAACACGAUGACGAACUGGCUUUGAAAGAAGGAGAUCUCCUCAACAUUUACUCCAAGGAAGAGAACGGCUGGUGGUACGGCGCCCUAAACGGACAGUGCGGCCUCUUCCCAUCAACCUACGUUGAAGAGCUACCGGUUUUUGGAGCGGUGACAUCCUCCGAUGCCUGAUACAAAAAAAAAAAAAACUACAAAACUCCCCUCGAAUCAAAGAUUCUCAAAUCCCGCGUCGCCAGAAAUCACACCAAACUGAAAACACUUUGUUCACACAGAUUGAAACAUGUGAUACAAACCAAAAAUCAUUCAGUGUGACACGAUUUUCUAGUCAGGAUCAGUUUCACUGUCUGCUGUCGUUACUUCCUGUUGCUCUUUAUGGGAUUGACAUCGUUGCUGAGCUUUUAUGCACUAAUCAUUUAUUGUUUUCAUUAUUUAUGCGACACUGUGUACAGAAAAAAAAACCAAGCACUGAGGUAUUUAAUAAACCAACUUUAUUACAUGCAUGUGAAUUUAUAUAAGAGUCUAAAAGCAA